CAAAUUUUUUAGUCGAUAGUACUUCUGAAAUUAGCUUAAUAAAUUCGUAAACGAAAGUUACCUGUAAGUGGAAAAAUACAUUCAGGUUCGAAAAAACAAAUUCAAGGUCUAACUAAUUUUUAUUUUAUUUUAAUUUAUUUAUAGCUAAAAUUCAAGUUAUUAGCAUCUCAUUAAUGAGUUUGAAAUAUGGCGCGAGUACCAAUUUGGCAGCCGUGAAACGAUUCAUUCCCGCCUUCUCUCUCCCUCCCUCUUUCUCACACCCACCCACACACACACACACACACAUUCUAGCUCACAUUCUCAAUACACAGAUACUUAGAUCGACAAUUGUGUUGGAAUCAAUGGGGAAAACAAGGAAGGAUGAUAAAUCGGACGACAUUGAAAUAUUAUCGAUCGGAAAGCUUUACAAUGGUGCAUGGGAUAAGAAGUAUUGGAGUUCAUCUAGGGGUAAAGACCGCUACCCUUAUCCUGUUGGAUACAAAUCGGUGAGGACUCAAAAUGGGAUCACUUACACAAUGGAAAUUACUGAGGGUCUUAAAGGUCCAUCAUUUAAGAUCAGUUCAACUGAUGGCAAGUCAUGUUCUGGAGAAACUCCAGAGAUUGCAUGGGAAAGCUUUCAGAAGAAGGGCUCUUCAAAGGCGUUGCAUGCAAAGAGAUUUUCGUGUAAGAUAGAUUCAGUAGAGUUUUUUGGAUUCAAAAACACAUUUGUUCAGAGGUUACUGCGGGAAUUGGCCACUAAUGUUGGUGGACCUGCUGAAAGGAGUUUAUUAAUGUCAAACUUUUCAGCUGGAGCUCAUGAGACUAAUUAUCAAUUGCAAGGCAAACCAUCGGAUCCUGUUCCUGAUCCUGAUCCUGAUAUGCUGACAUGUUUGUUCAAAUCACAUGCUAAAGGGAAGAGAAGCAGGAACGGUCGCCGAAGACUUAAUGAGACUCCUUUGAAACUACUUCAGAUGGAUGAAAGCACAAAGAAUGUCAGCUCUUCAACCUCCAAGCAGAGAGAUCAAUCAAAUAGUAGAAGCAGUGAUCUUUCAAGUUUUUCUGCUGCAAACGAGGUCCAUGGGGUUUGUUAUACUCCAGGAUCAUUAGGGCCACAGAAAUGUGUACCUAUUGCAGACGGAGGUGUAAAGUUGAAUUCUUUGGACAUAUUUGAUCAUCUAAAUGUAGGAGAGUCCCUAUCUGAAGGAAAGAAGCUCAUUAGUUCUGUGAACCAUAUAGAACAGAAUAUCGAUAACCCACAGAAACAACAAGAAUAUAGUGGCAGAUCGUCAUAUUUUGAGGUCCAAAACAACAUAUUACCAGAAGAUAGAGAUGGAGAAAAUAAUGUGCAGCAUGACAUACUGGUUGCCAGUCCUGAUCUUUGUGUAGCGGACAGUUUGGAUCAUUCUGAAGAUAGUUCUUCUGUUUCAUCCCAAAACAAAGAUGUGUUGGAGCACUCGACUGAGAAAGAUGCAAUUAUCAACGAUGUGAAGAAUUCUGAGGUUUUGGAGGCUGACUCACUUCCAGAAGAUGAAAUGGUGAAAGCUUCUUAUAACACAAACUCAGGAAAGUGUGCUACUGAAUCAGUUGGUGAUGAAAGAGCCAUGUCCAUGAUGAUGAUUUUACUUCCUCAAGCUGUUCCCUUACUUAAAACAUUCUCUAGGAAGAAAAAGAAAAGUACCAAAUCUUUGAAUACUCAAAGAUCUCAUGAAAACAAUGACUUGCCCAGCACUAGCAUAAACGAUUCAACCACUGCCAGAGUAGUUGAGCAUUCAGAUUUGCAAAGGAAGAAUGAAAAUGCAUGUAUCCCCUGUGUUGUUCAUGAUUCAGCUGUCUGCACCUCUGUCAACUUGGACUUUGUGGUGCCUGAUAGUUUUGAUGAUUAUAGUCCUCCAGAAAUGCUUCAUCAUGCUGGUGCUGUCAAAUCUGGUCAAUUGACAUGUGAUCUACACCCUCCUCCAUAUCUGCCAAUCAAUGGUGAAGCGAAUGAACUCCCUUGUCACAGUGGAAGUAGCAAGCCUGAUACUGGGAUGGGUGGUCUUACAUCAAUGGCUGUAGCAGAUGCUGUAUCUCCUCAUGAAUUUACUGCCAACUCAAAGCGAGCAAAACUUGAUUAUUGUUCCAUAGAUAGCAUGAUACCAACUACAGAUUGUGAUAAUUCAUCCUCGAAUUUACAAUUACCAACUACAAGUUGCAGCAGUCUGACUGGAAACAUCAAAUUGAGUGAUGAUUCAAGGUCAAACAUCCAACACAAACUGAAGUUACGUAGCAAGCUACAGGGCCAUCUCGGGUUUUUUGCAUGCUACAUCCACCCUAUGCCAAUUUCUAUGGUGCAGCUGAUUGUCAAAGAGAAUGAGAUUUUCAUGUGUGUUAAAUGUGGAUACUCAGAGCUCAAGGAUGAUAUCCUCUUUGUUUACAAGACCUCAAGGAAGGGAGUAAAAACGGGAUGUCCUUCAUUAGUUGGUCAUUUACCAAUAUCUUUACAACUUUCAAAAGAUACACUUGGUAGAGAUAUUGCUUCAGAGAGAUCUUUAUGUCAAUUAACUCCAGAUGGGGGAUUGCUUGUUUUACUUAACAGCAUUAAAAUCCCUCACUGCAGGGAGGGUAUAUUGCAUUGUUUGUGUUCUGCUUGCAGUUCAAAUGGCUUUGAAAAGAAUGCAGUUAAAAUUGUGAGAUUAAACAGCGGAUAUGCCUCACUUGUGACAAGACUGAAAACAGAUCAAGGUGUUUUUAGUUUAUUAGUUUGUGAACCUAAUUUCCUUUUGGCUGCCGAGGAGGGUGGGAAGCUGAAGCUAUGGGUCAUGAACUCUGGAUGGAGUGGACAGAAAGAAGAUUGUUAUUUACCUACAUUUGACUUCAUGGUUCCUUGUAUAGUGGAGUUGAAAAUAGUUCCAAAGUCUGCUGUUUUGAUCAUUGGCCACAAUGGAUUCGGGGAAUUUGGCAUUUGGGAUAUCGACAAGCGCAACCUCGUGUCAAGGUUCUCUUCAGCUGGCAUGUCAGUCUUUGAGUGCAUCCCUGUUAGUAUCUUCAGAUGGCAAAGAAAAGUAGAGUCUAAGACAGAGGCAUUGGUAGCUGAAAUCAUGGGUGCCACAAAAAUGUGGUCUUCCGGAGGAAGUGAUGAUCAUGUCUUUUCAGCAGAGGAUAAAGAUGUUGCUGUGUGGCUUCUGAUCUCAACAGCGUCCGACCUCGAUCACGAACCUUAUCAGUCAUGUGAAGAAGAAGAAGCAAAUGCAGAUGGAUGUUGGAAGCUUGCUUUGUUGGUCAACAAUAUGGUGAUCACUGGAAGCAUAGUGGAUGAAGGGGCUGCUGCUGCUGCUGCCACAUCUGCUGGCCAUGGAAUAAUCGGGAGACGUGACGGACAAGUUUACAUGUUGGAAUUAUCGACAGGGAAGAAGUUAGAAAUCCUACAAACCUUGAAAGGUAGAAGAGUUUCGUGCAUUAAGACAGACACUGGGAACUUGGGAGCUUUGGCCAUCGCUAGCGAAGGCCAUCUGCUGGUCUAUCUACCAUCAUGAACAAGAUUUACAGACACUGUCCAAUAUUCUCAUCUUCAGGCUUAGCUCAGACCGAUUCUACAAAAUUUUCUCAACGUGUAUAUAUACAUACAGUCACAGAUCAAUAUAACGGUUUGCUAUUCAAAGGAA